GACUUAAACCACACUCUCUCAUUAUUACGAAUCGCUUUUUCAUCUCUAUCUCUCUUUCUCUCUCUACCUUUCUCCCUAACACUCAUUUUCUCUCUCUACAAUUCCAAAACCCUAAUCCUUCCGAUUCACCAUCAAAAUGGGCUCCGAAGGAUCCAGCGUCGUUGUUCCUAGGAAUUUCAGAUUAUUGGAAGAGCUUGAGCGAGGUGAGAAGGGAAUUGGAGAUGGAACUGUUAGCUAUGGAAUGGAUGAUGCUGAUGAUAUAUAUAUGCAGUCAUGGACUGGCACUAUUAUUGGCCCCCCUGGUACUGUUCAUGAAGGUCGUAUCUACCAGUUGAAAUUGUUUUGUGGCAAGGAUUAUCCAGACAAUCCACCAACUGUUAGAUUUCAGACAAGGAUUAACAUGACUUGUAUUAACCAAGAAUCUGGAGUGGUUGAGCCACAUUUGUUUCCAAUGCUUGCUAACUGGAAAAGAGAGACUACAAUGGAAGACAUUUUAUUGCAAUUGAAGAAAGAAAUGACGUCUCCACAAAACCGGAAGCUAGCUCAGCCUCCUGAAGGUAACGAAGAUGGAAGGAUUGACCAAAAGGGCUUGGUGCUGAGAUGUUGUAUUGUGUAAUUCAGAAGGAAAAGAAAAGAGAAAAGUGCUCAUGAAUAACAAAACCAAUGAAUUCUUCUUGUAAGGGUGGACCUUGAAGUAGCAUGCAAAAAGAUAUUAAGAGUAUAAACUCAAUUUAUACAUCUAAUAAAAAUAAGUAUGCGGUUGUAAAAUAUUUGCAGUCUAAAUUUAAUUUCAACCAUCAGCUUGUAAAGUACUUUGAAAGAAACAGAGAUUAAAGCGAGUUAUUUUACACACGUUGAUAAAAAUUACUGUAUUAUAGGAGUUGAACAAAAAAGAUUAAUGGUUUCGAGUCCUUUUAUGUGAGUGAGUGAUCUUGAUUAAAAUUGUAUACCUUAUGACUUUGAAUUUAUACAAUUGGAGUAAUAUAUUCUCUUCAUGUUGAAUUUAUACAUGAGAUGAUUCAAA